CAACAAAAUCAGCUACACACUCCUAAACACACACAAAGAAACCACCACUAUAAUAGCAAUACUAGCACAUAGCAAAAGAAUCUCAAAGUCAGCAGCCACACUGACUGAGGUCCACUAUUUAAUAGUAGUAAGGAGUAGGGGUUUUUGGUUUCUCUUUCCAAUCUGUCCCAUUUCUUCCAUCCCCCCCACAAGGGAAGUGAGAGAGGUCCAAUAAGGGGUUGGAAGAAAGCCUUCUCCUUUGUUAUUUUCCAUUACCCUUUUACCCCAUUCAACCCUUAUUUCCCUAUACCCUUUCGGUUGGCAGCCUCCAUCUUCGCAUCCAUAUUUUGUUUAGUUUUUUUUGCUUUGUUUGGAUUGCUGGGCUUGUAUGGUUUCUGGGUUUAUGGAGAAUAGAAUGGCACCCGGGAGUUACUUCCAGUACUCCCCUUCCGGGAUUCACGGUCCACUUCAGAGGUCUUCUUCCAUGUCAGAUCGUGAAAGAUAUUUGGCAGAUUUAUUAGCGGAGAGGCGGAACUUGGGACCAUUCAUGCCAAUUUUGCCCAUCUGCAGCAAGCUUCUAAAUCAAGAAAUAAUGAGAUGGUCGAGAAUGGUAUCAAAUCAAAUGUUGGAGCAUGAGAGAAUGGGACAUGAACACCCAUUUGGAUCUUUUGGGCAGCAACCUCAUGGAGGACUAAUGAAUAUGGAGGCAUGGAAUGUAAUGGGAGCUGAGGAAAAUCGACUUCUUCAAAAGUUGCCUCCAUUUCCGCCUUCACCUCUAGAUUGGCAUGGAGCUCCAGGAUCUGCAACCACUCCUGUUAUCAAGAGAAUUGUCAGACUGGAUGUUCCUGUUGACAAGUUUCCAAAUUAUAAUUUUGUUGGCCGGAUUCUGGGGCCACGUGGAAACUCCUUGAAGCGUGUUGAAGCCAUGACAGAAUGCAGAAUAUACAUCAGAGGCCAAGGUUCGGUGAAGGACACAGUCAAGGAAGAGAAACUGAAAGAUAAACCUGGAUAUGAACACCUCAAUGAACCACUCCACAUCUUGCUUGAAGCUGAAUUUCCUGAAGAUAUGAUUGAAUCUCGAGUGGAUCAUGCUGUGGCCAUAUUGGAAAAACUCCUAAAACCUGUGGUAUGCUUUAGAAGUUUAAAACCAUAAUGAUAACGUUGAACUCCCAUAGUUCUUCUCUAGCAAUAUCUUAUGCUUGGGCCUUGCAGGAUGAAUCAAUGGACCUUUACAAAAAGCAACAACUUAGAGAACUAGCUAUGUUAAAUGGAACUUUAAGGGAAGAAAGCCCCAUAAUGAGCCCAAGUAUGAGUCCGAGCAUGUCUCCUUUCAAUAGCACCGGGAUGAAAAGAGCAAAGACAGGAAGAUAACCUUAAUGGACAAGCUGAUAUCUUGUCACAGCUCUCUCUGAAGCCCUGAUCUCGUUAACCCUAGAUCUCGUUAUCUGAAACUCUGUAGCUGGACGCCAGUAAAUUGCUCAUGACACCCUGAAACAAGCUUGUAUGGGGG